GGCCUCGUUCCUUCUUUAGGGUUCCUUAGGUCAACGCCCCGACUGCAUUCCUCCCAGGCAUCGCACACAGGUGUUGGCACCAUCCGUGCAGUGGCCCCGGCUUCCGGCCAGGAGCGGGGCGACGGGGAGGUGCAGCACCGAGGGCACCUCUUCGGCCUUCGGGGAGCCGCACUGUCGUGCGGGGGGCCUCGUGGGGCGUGCGCGUCGAGCCAGCGCUGCUGGUCAGGUCGUGCCAUGCCCUCGUCUGCACGAUCCGCGGCUGCAAGACGUGAUGAGGCAGGAUCCAGUACAUGGUCUACAGUCGGGGCUUUGACCUAAGGAACCCCAAGUAAGGAACGAGGCCCCUUUUUCCCAUCAGUUAAACUUCGAUUUCCCAUCGAAAACCUAAGGAAAACCUAAGGCAAGCUGUGAAACAAUCAAGGAACACCGAGCCCCUCCCCAGCGAAAAGGGUUCCUUCUUCAGCGCCCCGACUGUAGCCGUCCGUAGUCAUUUUGGCUGAACCCACUCGCCAAGCAGGGCCAGGCGUUUUGGGAGGGUCACACGUGACCGCGUUGAGAAAAUGCCCAAGACCAAGCCUCCUAGUCUGAAGGCCAAGUUCGCCGAGUAUGACAAGGAUGGCAGUGGCAAGAUCAGCCUCGACGAGUUUAAGGCGCUGCUCAAGCAAGGGGAUCCAAACAUUUCCGAGUCGUCCGUGAUGACCGUCUGGAAGAAGGUCGAUAAGGAUGGCAGCGGAAGCAUCAGCUCUAGCGAGCUCGCAGAUUACCUGAGCAGCGGCGACAAGGCGGACUUCAAGAACCCUGGCAUGUCCCCUGCGUGCAAGACGUUCUGCGACGUCUUCGCGAGCCUGACGCUGCAGAGCGAGGCCGGGAAGGAGGCUCGCGCACACGCCUUCACGGCUUGCGACCCCAAUGGCAACGGUUACGUGUCCCUUGCCGAGGUGGACGGGUGGAUUCAGAAGGUUUUGAUAACCUACUUCGCGCAGGGCGAAUGCGACGGAGAUCCCAAGGAGGAGGGGGUGCGCAUCUGGAAGUGCUUCCGAGCUUCCUACAUCCGCGCUCACACAGAUGCGAAGGACGUGGCAGAGUCGAAGACGUCUCACAGCGACGACUACGUGACAGCGAAGGAGUUCCGCGUCCUCUGCGUCUACCUCAUCCUGUACGCGGCGAUGUACGACGCCUUCUGCCUCAUCGACGGCGGUGGUGGUACCGUCGAGGACAAGACUGACGAUGAUCGCAGGAUGACGGCGGAAGAGUGGGCGGCGGGCUACAAGAAGGUCGGGGACCAUGGCUUCAUCGGCCUCAAGAAGGCGGCCGCGAUGGACGCAGCGGGCGCGGCGGACGUGUUCAAGAAGAUGAACAGCGGCAGGGACGCCGACGGCAAGGAGUAUGGAAAUGACAAUGUUGUGAUGCUUGCCGAGUUCUGCGCGUGGGUGGAGGCGGAGGAGAUCGCGGCGGGCACCUCCUGGGGACAGAUCCUGGGCCUCUGAGGCGGCGGGGCCGCCCCCGGGGCUCGGGCGGGGCUGAGGCCCUCCUCGCCUGGCCCCAGCGAGUGUCUCGGCCGCGGCCCGGCCGGCGAGGGCCACCGGUCGGCACGCUGAACCGCAGCGCGCUGGCCGCGUGGCGCCGUGGCUUGCGGAACGACGCAGCCCGUUUGGACGUGCGUUGCCGCAUGCAUCGUUCCAGAAAGAUGUUGUUGGCCUCGUCGGCCUCUCACUUCCCCCUGACCUUGCGAGACCCUCCC